AAUAAGAGACCCUAACCAAGGCGGCAAGGAUAUCACUGAGGAAAUCAUGUCUGGAGCGAGGACCUCGUCCACCCCCACCCCUCCCCAGGCUGGAAGCGGUUUGGAGCCCCAGGCCAACGGAGAGACCCCCCAUGUAGCAGUUAUUGUCCGGCCAGACGACCGCCCCAAGCCCGCGCUCGUGGUGAGCAAGCCCGUGUCCCUGGAGCCCAGCAAGUCGGCGUCGCCGUCGCCUCCCCCGCCCCUCAUUCCCGAGGUGGAGCCCGUGCUGCUCUCGGCCGUGACGCUGGUGCCAAUGGAGCCCCCCGUGGAUGCGGACACUAAGGCGGAGCGGGGCGAGGCGCCGCCCGAGCCGCACAAGACUUUUAGCGCCGUCACUACAGUGCCAGGGGUCGUGGAUGUGCCCCUCGUGCCUGCCCCCGACGUGGACACUGUGGUCCUGGAGGAGGAAGCCGCCAUCCCCCUCCUCGAGCCCGCCCCGGAGGCGCCCGAGCUGCCCGAGGCGCAGCCGGCCCCCAUCGCGGGGCCCGAGGAGCCAGCCCAGCCGGACAUCCCCGGCUCGCCGCCGGCGGAGGAGGAGGAGGAGGAGGAGGAGAGCGAAGGCCCUGCUGAGGCCCAGGAGCGGAGUUCGAGCCCGGCCCCUCCCCCUUCACAGACCUCGGAGGCGACCGCGCCAGGUUGGGACGUGCGGAGCCGUGGGGAGGGGGAGCGUGGGGGGUCCCACGGGGGUGUUUUGGGGUGA